AUGUCCGCUUCUGAAGUCCAGGAAACGAUGCGGAAUGAAGUCAAAGCGACUCAAGAGGAAUGUGGCGAUGCCUCCGUAAAGGAUGGAGCUCAAGAAAGCAAGAAAAACGAUGAAAAACAGCAAAACCCACUUCAGGAGACAAAGGGAAAAUAUUCAGGUCCAAGAAUGACCAAGAAGUUCCUUAAGGACCACUGUAAGGAGAACAAACUUUACUCAACACCUUGCCUGAAUGACACAUUGUACCUCCAUUACAAAGGAUUUUCCACCAUUGAGAACCUAGAGGAGUACACAGGACUGAAGUGUCUCUGGCUGCAAAGCAAUGGGAUCCAACGCAUCGAGAACUUGGAUGCACAAGUUGAUCUGCGUUGCUUGUUCCUUCAGCAGAACCUUAUAAACAAGCUGGAGAACCUCGAACAUCUGCAAAAUCUUGGCACCCUGAAUGUCUCCAACAACUACAUACACACCAUAGAGAACCUCUCAGGCCUUCCUAAUCUGUGCUCUCUGCAGAUUUCCCACAACAAGCUGGAGACUGUGGAAGACAUACAGCAUUUGAGUCAGUGUUUGGAAAUCAGUGUGCUGGACAUGUCUCACAAUCUGUUACACGACCCUGAGAUCCUCCUUGUACUCGAGGCCAUGCCAGAUUUGCGAGUGCUAAAUUUAAGUGGAAAUGAGGUGGUGAAAAAAAUCCCAAACUACAGGAAGACCAUGAUUGUGCGUCUCAAGCAGCUCACCUUCCUCGAUGAUUACCCCGUGUUCCCCAAAGACAGGGCAUGUGCAGAGGCAUGGGCGGUUGGAGGUUUGGAAGGGGAACAGAAAGAGAGGAAGCAAUGGGAAACUCGAGAGAGGAGGAAAAUUCAGGAAAGCUUGGACGGCAUGGCGAAGAUUCGAAAGGCAGCCCUGGAGAGACAAUGCCAUCGAGAGCUACAGGAGAAGGGAGCGACUGAGGCUUCCACCUCUCCAGAGACGCCAUGUGAGGACAACCACAUCCAGAUUCUGACUUCACCAAAAGGAGAGACGAUCCAAGCCUUUGUGCAGGACUGCCUGGAUGCACAUGAAGAGUCCUUGCAGAGUCAGUCAACAUAUGAGCGCGAUGAAUAUCAGCCACACUGUGAACAUCAAGAAGCAGAGCAGCCAGGUCAAGGUUCACAGAAGAGGCUGUUAGAGAAAGAUGACCAGGAGAAAUUACAGAUGAAGCAGCCUGUGACAGAAGAGAAAGAGGAUGUGAAUCCAGAGCACGCUGCACAAGAGCAAGAGAGUAUUACAGGAAAGAUGCUCGAGACAGAAAAAUUAGAGGACAAACAACAAAAUGAGUCAUGUGGAAUCCAGUGUAUGAGAAAUGAAGCGAAGAGAGAGCAGGAGAGCACAAGUGAGCGGUGUGAAAAGAAACAGCCGUCUCUGGUCAGGGCAGCUCCUCCAGAAGCGGACCACAUUGUACCAGCACACGGUCCUGGACCACUGGUUACAGAGCUGGAGGAAGAAGAGCAACUGGAAACAAUUCACCUCCCACACCGCUCACUGUGUGUCGAUGACCUCCCUGAUCUGGAGGAUAUAGACACAGAGGAUUUCACAGCACUUUUCUCCUCUCAGCAAGUGUUCAAACCUAAAAUAGAAGUCUUAUCAGGAGGCAGUGAUGAGGAUGAACCAAUCGGGGAUCAGAGUGAGUUCAUCCCCACCUUUGGUCCGGAGGAAAAUUCAUUGUUCUUGAUCAAUGGCAGCAACAAAUCAGCUGGGAUCUCUGACAUGUCUUCAUCAUUGGUGUAUCCAGGAGAUGGGGAUACCACAGAGUCACUAAUGUUUGAACCAGUGGGAAAAUCCCAAACCAAACAAACCUCUUCUCCACCACGCUGCCUGAUUGAGGAGCUUGAAUGA